AGCCCCAGCGCCGGCCGAGUCCUGGCGGGUGCCCGCCGCGGUCCCGCUACAAAAGGCCGGUGGCGGCCGGGGAGCUGAGGGUCCGACUGCCCUGUCGCUGGCGGCCGGGCCGUCCCGGGGCGGCCGGGCUUCCCCCGGGGCGGGCUGGGGCUUUCUCCGGCGGCUCCCCCGUCUUCCCCGGGCUCGGUCUGCGCUUCCUCGCCCCGUCCCUGCCCAGCGCCUCCUUCCCGGGUGCUUUUCUGCGGACCUGCUCUUCUUUCCCAAUAAAAUAAGAAACGCGCCUUUAUUUCUUUUCUUUCUCCCUUUUUUCCCUUUCCGUGGGAAGCGAGAGGCAGCGUGGAGCGGUGGGCCGGGCUCUCCGGUGGGGCGGUUGUGGCGGGGUCCGGCUGGCUGCCAUCUGCCCGUGCGGUGUUGGCUUCCCUCCGGUGCCGGUUUGCGUGUUGGUGGGGCGCCCCUCCGGGCUUCGGGAGGGGAAAACUGACCCUUCUGCUUCUUCUCACCCUAGGCGGUUUGGAUUGCAGAGAGCCCCGGGCGUUUGAAGCCUUUCGCUUCGGCUGGGAGGGAGGAAAAAAAAAAAAAAAAAAAAAAAAAAAAAGAGGUGGAAAGCGACCAGCGGCAGCUGCCUCUUGUGAAAGGGGAGGAAUAUCAGACGCUGCUCCGGGAUUAUUUGUUCGAGUCCUUCGUCCUGAAAAGGCUUCUGACACAGUCCGUCUGAGGAGCGACUUGCAAGUUUGCAGUUGUGAGCUUUUUCCUUCCGGCAGUGCUGAGCACUUCACCCUUGGACGUUUUUGUCAUCAUGGCAUGGAUACGUGGCUAAAUUUACCAACUUCUGAAUACUUCAGCUGCCAAAAUAAAGUGCUUUAUUUCUUUUAAAUACUUUUUUUUUUUUUUCUUUUAGGCAGCGUUCUGUCUGAGUCAUAGGCAUAACCAGUUUUAUUAACUGGCUCCAGGAUAAAUGCAGCCUGAGUCACUGUGUAGACGUCGCUGAAAAGUUUCAUGGCAGAUAUUUUUCUCUUUGUCUUAUUUUUUAGAUUUUCUGACGUAGCCUUCUGUUAUUUUGCAAUGAGACCUAUUUUCUAAAUGAAGAAUCUGACAGACGUUUGUUUAUCAUUUUUUCUUUUAUAUUUUAUUUAAUAUUUUUGUUAAAAAAUGUUGUUGCCAAUAAGCAGUAUGGAGGUAUCCAGAUAGCUGUUGUUUACAAAUGCAUCUGUUACCUGAAGCUAAGAAACGUUCUACAGUUCAGAUGUGAAAUUUGGAUUUUCAGCUUUACAGUUGUUGGUGUAAAAAGUGUAUAUUUAUUUCACCUGGAGCUGAUGCUUCAUAUAGCGAUAUGUACAUGGAAUAGACAAGAGAAGAAGCCGUCAUAGAAAAAAAGCACUUUUUAAGUCAGAGAGUUGGCAAAUUUUGGAAAUAGUCUUGUGGAAACUAAGCAAGAAGGAUGGGUAGCUGAUUCCUGUGAGGCCAGAUCUAUGUCAAACAGCUACGAAUGUAGUAUCAACGAGAACUCGGAAUAUUAUCUCAAGGAAAACAAACUGGAAAAAUAUAAAUCGCACAGUACCAACACCUUGUGUAGUACUCUUGGAUUCGGUUUGCAUUCAGCUGAAUUGCUACUGCCUCAAAGAAAAUUAAGAUGGACUGAACAACUUAACUCAAAAUUUUGUUGUUUUGAAAACUUGGAAACUGUGGAACAUGAAUAGGAGGCUGUUUCUUGUAAUUUCUUGCGGCUGUGGCUUGUGGUUCUUCUGCGUUCAGUGUCAGCGUGGCUGGGGAUUGACUGACUGAACUGAGGCACAUAAGGAGGCACAUCAGGGACUUGCCAUGAGGUGCUGAAGCCUUGUUUCAUUGAUUCGGAGAGACUGGACCUAAAUGGCGCAGCAUGACUUUGCUCCAGCCUGGCUUAAUUUUCCUACUCCACCAUCAUCAACAAAGUCAUCACUGAACUUUGAGAAACAUUCUGAAAAUUUUUCGUGGACAGAAAAUCGUUAUGAAGCAAAUCGCAGAAGACACAACUCUUCAGAUGGGUUUGAUCCUAACGUUGGACGGCCUAAUGGAGGGCAUUUUGGGAGAAAAGAGAAGAAUGGUUGGCGUUCACAAGGCAGAAAUGGUACAGAAAAUAUAAGCCAUCGUGGGGGAUACCAUGGCGGAGGUUCCCGUGUGCGGACCAGUACUUUCCAUAGUGGAAAAGGCCAAGGACUGCAUGAAGACAAUGUACCUGAUAAUGAAACUGGGAAAAAGGAAGACAAAGAAGUACCCAAACAGUUUGAGGCUGAGGAUUUUCCAUCUUUGAAUCCUGAAUAUGAGAGGGAACUAAAUCAGAAUAAAUCUUUAGCUGCGGGUGUGUGGGAGUACCCUUUGAAUCCCAAAUCUAGAUCUCCGAGGAUGCUGGUCAUUAAAAAGGGCAGUACAAAAGAAUUGCAAAUAUCUGGAUUCCCAGUAGUAGGAAGUCUACAUUCACAGCCAGUAAGGAAUGGAACUGGCACAAGUGUUUAUAAAGGAUUAGUCCCUAAACCUGUCACUCCACCUGCAAAGCCUACACAGUGGAAAACUCAAGCAAAAGAAAAUAAACUUGGGAAUCUGUUUCCUCAUGAAUCUGCGUAUGGUGUUGGCAAUUUCAGUCCUUUCAAAUCAACUGCCAAGGCAUUUACUGUAUCACAAAAUUCAGUGAAAGAGUGUAAUCGGUCAAAUUCUUCAUCCCCUGUUGACAAAGUUGGUCAGCCUCGUUUAACAAAAUUGACAAGAAUGCGGACUGAUAAGAAGAGUGAAUUUUUGAAAGCAUUAAAACAAGAUAGAGUGGAAGAGGAACAUGAAGACAAAAAUCAUGCUGGACAAGAGAAGGAUGAUGAGUCCUUUAGCUUGCAUAACAGCAACAGUCCUCACCAUGAGAGAGAUAUAAACCGAAACUUUGAAAAUGAAAUUCCGCAGGAGAAUGGCAAUGCUUCAAUUACAUCUCAACAGAUCAUUCGAUCUUCAGCUUUCCCUCAGGCAGAUGUUCUUUCAAGCUCACUUGAGGCAGAGCAUAGGUUGUUAAAGGAGAUGGGCUGGCAGGAAGACAGCGAAAAUGAUGAAACAUGUGCUCCGCUAACAGAGGAUGAGAUGAGGGAGUUCCGAGUCAUUAGUGAACAGUUGCAAAAAAAUGGCCUUCGGAAAAAUGGCAUUUUGAAAAACGGCCUCAUCUGUGAUUUUAAAUUUAGCCCCUGGAAAAACAGCACUUUCAAACCUGCUGUGGAGAAUGAGGAUUCUGAGACGAGCAGCAGUGAUACAUCAGAUGAUGAUGAUGUGUGAAGACUUCAGUAACCUCUGUAGAAGCUUGUUUUGAUCUCAUGAAAAUUUGGGGAUGUGUUGUCCAAAAAAAUUUUCUAAUUUAUGUAGUAGCAUACCCACUCAAGUAAGAAUGAUGGGACUUUUCUCUGAAGAAAGCAAGGAAUGUUGUGUUGGGUGUGUUACUAUAAUUACAAAGAAAUUACUAUAAUUUCUUUGUAAACUUUCUUCAUCAGUGAAGCAUUUCUGACUAGCAAUGUGACAAUGUAACAAAUCAAACUUUCUCAUUUAAUAAUAAAAACAAAGAAUUGUGUAAUGUGUUGCAGA